AUGCCGGCGAAAAAAGGCAAGACAAAGGGCAAGAAGGCAGGAUCGUCCUCGUCCUCAAAGACAACAGCGGUGGCCGCCGGCUUUGAUGUAGUAGAAAGAGGGGGUGGGCAACAAAACGACAGCAGCGGAGGAGGAGGCGGCAGCAGCGGCAGCGCCUCCAAGAAGUCCAAAGGCGGCGGUGGGUCCAGCGAAGACUUCUUGCGUCGACGACGGACACCGGGCGGCGGCGACAACGAGCCCGGCGGUGUCGGGGGCGGGGGCGACUUUCGGCAUACGAACGGGGGCAGCAGCUCGGGCGAUUGCGAGAGAGACAGGGAUACCGGGGACAGAGAUAGGGACAAGGACGGCGGUAGCAGGGGUCUAGGGGGCGGGGGCACCCGGGGUGAUCAUUGCCACAACGGGGAGUCGUUAUGUCGGAGCCCCUACAUCAGGAGCUCGGCGGGGAAGCAAUGGUCAUGGCUGGGGUAUUCGGCCAAGCAGUUCCGGUCGUUCGCGCAAGAGUUUCCCCCGAUGUUGGACAUCGGGGCGGAAGAGGUGCGCUUGAAGAUUGAGGACAUAAAGUGCAGCACGUGUCGAGAUCGCCUGCUGAUGGCGCUCGGCCGGGGGCUCCGCAGAGGCGGUUUCCCCCUGACCAAGCUCGUCAAGCUGGCCGCGUGCCGCUCCGGCUCCAAGCGACCCGAGGAGACGUGCACCCCGACGUCCACGCCCCCGGCGGCGGCCACCGGUGGGCGGGGAGACCCCGGCAGCGACGGACGGGCACCGGUGGUCCUGACAAAUGGGCAGAGUGGCGUCGGCGAAGAGUCUCAGAAGAAGGAGGAGCCGGCAGCGGGGGGCGGCGGCGGCGGCAAUGCUAGCGGGAACAUUCUACCAAGCGACCGGCUGCGCAUCCGCGCCCCGGUCACCCCGGACCUUCUUCGACAGGUGAUCGGCGUCGUGCAGCAGGCGGCGCUGGUGCCGCCCGCCGCGGACGCUUCCGGCAAGAGGGAGGGCGCGGCGGCGGAUUUGUUGGCAGAGGAGUGGCUGUCUACCUACCCCGCGCCGGACCCCGCCCUGCUACAAGCGGGCGAGGCGAAGUCGAACGCCGGCGGCGGCGGCGGCGGCCUGCGGGGCACGGGGACGGGCUCCCUGUCGUUUUCGCGCGGAAGCUUCGGCGGCGGCGGCGGCGGCGGCGGCGGCGGCGGCCACGGGCGGUCGGACAGCGCCGAGCGAAACCCGUGGGCCUUGAUGGAGCGGGUAGAUCGAGCCAGGGACAACGCGAUGAAGUGCUGCGGGGUCAUCGAGGAUAGCGCCGGGGGUGCGAGCAGCAGCGGCGGCGGCGGUGGGUUGUUGGAGUCGAGCGGCAGCCUCAACGGUGGGGGAUCGUCUUCGAUGGCCGGGAACAUAGAGUGGAACCCGCAGUUCGCCCCGCGCCUGCAGGAGGCGGAGGCGGCCAUCGUGGAGUGGCUGACGGACCUCACUAUGGCGCUGCACGGGCUGACGUUCCAGUUCACGCUCGCUUUCAUCGGCGAGGAUGACGGCCAGGACGGCAGCACCGGAAGCAGCGACCUGGCCGAAUCCACGGCCCUGGCGGAGGACCUCUGGACCGCCUACGAGGAAUCGGUGAAGCGGCAGCUGGAGCUCACCCUGGAGGCGAGGAGAGAGCAGCUCCGCGAGCAGUCUCAGCCGAUGGGGCUCGCCCUCUGCUUCACGGCGCAGAACCGCGUACUGGCUUCGGAGUUGCUGGGGCGAAAGCGGACGGAGAUGAACGCGCUGCACCAGGCCACGAUCGGGGUGAUGGCGGCGCCGAAGCUGAGGCCGCUCCUCCAGCGCGCGGAGCGGGCGCGCCAGAAGUGGUCGAGCUUGCUGCUGCCCGAGGACGUCUACGCGCUGGACGACUUGGUGGAGCGGGUUCUGAGGGCUCGCCUGCAGGUUUUCAAGGUGGAGUCGUUCGCGUACAACGCUUCCAGCGACGUGAUCCAGGCGGAGCAGAUGGCGGACGCCCAGCUCAAGACGGUGGUGCAGGAGUGGGAGGCGAUGCUAGACGGCCUCAAGGCCCGUGUUGAGUACAGGGUGUCGGAAGAGCUCAAUGCCACGGUCUAUCCGCAGUCGCCGGCGCUGACGUCAGCACUGCAGACGUGGCUGUCGACGUUCCAGGCGGACUGGGUGGGCAAUGAAACAACCCAGCAGCUGCACGCGCACAUCCGCCAGAGGCAGGUGCACCAGCUGUGCCAGACCUUGGUGGCCAAGAAGCAGCGCCUCAAGGCAACCAAGGACGAGGUGUACGGUGGGUGGCGUCUCGGGAAUUGCUACCAGGCGAACGAGUUCGGGAAACAGCGCCGCAAGAGGGAUGCCCGCGCCGCUUCCGGCAAUGGGAUGUUCUCUCCCUCCGCUGAGCAAGCGGAAGAUAUGGCGAAGCAGCGAGAGUUUGAGGAGAGGUGCCAGUCUCUCGCCACCGCCAUCUCCCUCACCCAGCAGGAGCAGAUAGAGACGUGCCUUACCUACCGCCUCUUCGCGGUCGGGCAGCUGCACCAACGGUACCGGCGGCUCCGGCUGUUCUUCGCACAGCUGGGGUCCCGCGUCGGCGCGAGGGAGUCGCAGGCGACCCUCCUCUGCGGAGGGGAGGGGCAGGCCGAGGAGCGGAUCAAGAUGGUCGGGGUGUGCCUGAUGCUGGGCGUGGUGGAAGAGGCGUGCUUGAAGUGGACGGCGGUGCAGAACGAGAGGCAGCUGGUGGAGGGGAUGAACCGCGAGGACGCAAGUCAAGACGCGAAGCGACGGAAACGCGAGCGGGCCAAGGCGAAGGUCCGCGAGACCAAGACAGCUGCGGCGGCGGCGGCUGUAGCCAAAGCUGCGGGAGCACCCCCUGCUGCUGUCGCCUCCACCUCCUCCUCCUCCUCCUACUCCAAGGAAGGUGACGCUGUAGACCCAUCGCCGGCACAGGCGAGCGCUGAGGGCGGGCAGGCUGCCGUUUCCGGUGCCGAGGCCGCCACCGCCGCCGCCGACGAGGACGGCCGUCAACCCCCUGCCCCUGGAGACAAUGAAGACAGCUUUCCACGGGAGCAUAGAAAAGUGUCGUCGGGAAAAGGCUUGGGCAAGGCGCCUGCAGCCGUAAGAAACGGGGAGGGGCGGUCUACGACGGGGUGGCGCAGGGCUGAUGGAGCGGCGCCGCCGGCCGGAGACGAGGACGAGGACGGCUUCGUGACGAUCGCCAAGUCCAAGCCUAGGCGAUCAACCGCCACCGCUGCCGCCGCUCGCGAGAGCUCGUUCCUUCAGCAGAAUGGCCGGCCGUGGGGGGGCGGGCGCGGGGGGGGUGGAAGAGACGGCGGGGGCAGAGGUCGCGGAGGGGGGGGUGCCGCUGGCGGAGGGUACGGGUACGAGGAGAGACACCGCGCACCACGAGACGCUGGGUCGUAUGAGCCGGAUAGGAAGUCUAGGGUUGCUGGGGCGGCAGUGUCUGGGGGCGCACGGCUUUCGUCGUCGACCUUGGCCACCGGCGGCUGGGCGGAGCGGAACAGGGGGGAUGUACAAGAGCCGACUGAGGUCGGUGCGGCGGUGGCCACUGCUGCUGCUGCUGCUGCUGCUGCUGCUGCUGCUGGCAAUGGGUGGCCGGGUGUUGCGGACGCGAACGGCAGCGGGAGACGAAGUCGAAAGGAUCAAGGCGGUAGCGAUCAGCGACCAGCUGCCGCCUCCGCCGCCGUUACGUCGAGACAGGGCGGCGGGUGGGCAGCGGCGGCGGCGGCGGCGGGGGCGGCCAGCGGCGGCAGCAGCGCGGUGGUGUCACCGGCAGCAGCAGCGGUUGCGGCUGCGCCGCAGGCGGCCCCCCCACCACCGCCGGCGGGAGCGGGGGCGGCGGGAGGGUUACCGGUGGCGCCGGAGGAAGAGCUUCCGGCGGACUCUACGGAAGAGGCGGCCGCGGCGGCGGAAACCGGGCGUGUGGUGAAAAAUGCGGGGCAGUUUGGCGGGGACGAGGUUACAGGCGCCGAGGAGGCGGAGGAGGUUGGGAAAGCGGGCGGCGCAGCGGGUGCCGCAUCGAACGGUGAGCUUGGCCCGGAGCGGGAGGUGGCGGGGGUCGCGCCGGAGGUUGCGAACGAGGGGGACAAGGCCGAAGGCGGCGCGGACGCUGGGGCGGCGGCGGAAGAGGAAGAAGAGGAAGAGUUCGUGUUCCAGUUUGGCACGGUUAACUUGUCGGACGACGAUGCCGCUGCUGCUGAAGAGGAUGCAGGCCGGGACGCGGGUAGUGAUACCGCCGUCGAGGCGAGACACAGCCCGGAGAACCUGAGGUACCACGGCGGCGACAUCGACGGAGAGCUUGAGGAGGCACCGGUAGUGGCGGCGGCCGCGGCGGAAGCGGUAACGCGUGACGGCGACGGCGCCCCCGCUUCUCCGGUGGUAGACAGCGCGGAGGCGCGGUUCGACGGCAAGGAAGGCCUUGCCGGCGGCGAGAGCGGUGGCGCAAACGGUUUCAGCAACGAGAACGGCGACGGCUCGUUGCCGCGGCAGCCCCUGCAAACGGAGCAAUUGCGAGGCGGCGUGUUCUUUCCGGCGCACCCGCCCCCUGCCCCUUCUCAACAGCAGCAGCAGCAGCAGCCCCCGCCGCAGCGGCAGCCGCAGGAUGCCCGUUUGGCGCCGCCGCCUUUCCAGCACCACGACCAAGGUGCCGGCCCCAUGCAGCAGCAGCAGCACCACCAGACAGCACACCAGCACCACUAUCAACAGCACCAGGUGCUGCCACAUCAGCACCAGCACCAGCACCAGCACCGGGGGUAUUCCCCGUUGGAAAGCAGUGGCGGCGUGCACGGCAUGUCCCAGCACCACCAGCCGCAAAUGCCGAUGCAGCAGCGCGGGAGCUUGGGCAUUGGAGGGGGUCACCAGCCCCACAACUCCGGGAGCAUCCACCACCGCGCCGGGCCGUCACACCCGAAGGGGCCACGGGGUGCCGGCGGCGGGAGAGGAGGGGUUGUCAGCUCGAACGGAGGCCCGCUUUUGCCAAUGGGAGUGGGGCACUAUGGCGGCGGUGCCGGGCUGCAGCAGCAGCAGCAGCAGCAGCAGCAGAGCGCUGCGAGCGGGUACUGGGGUGGCGGGAUGAUGCACUACCAGGUGCCCGGGCAGCCGAUGAUGGGGCCGGCGCCCGGCGGGAUCGGUGUCACGGACGGCCAGGCCGUGUACUAUCCGCCCCCGCCUCAUAUGAUGAUGCAAGGCGAUGGGUCCGGUAUGAACGGCCACGCCGGCGGAUCGCCGUGGCACGUCGGAAGCGGUGCUGGCGGCGGCGGUGGGCACAUGGGCAUGGGGAUCGGGGGCGGCAUGAACAUGGCGGUAGACAUGAACGGCAUGCCCGGCGCGUCGAUGCCGUGGAUCCCUGACAGCGGCGGGGGGCAGCACUACAUGCAACCACACCCCCGUCAACAGCAGCAAGGGUGGGGUGGGUCGCCCGGGCGUCAUGGGGGUAGCAGCAUGGGCUACAAUGCCGCGCCGUUGCAGCAGCAGCAGCAGCAGCAGCAGCAGCAGCAGCAGCAGCAGCAGCAACAGCAACAGCCGCGGUCGAUGCAUGCCGCGCCAUUGCACCAGGCAAGCGGAGGAGGAACACCCCCACCACCAGCACAAGUGGCCGGGCACCACAGACAGGAGUCAGCCGGUCUUUCCGUCAGAGUGGCGGGUGGGGUUGCGCCGGCGGAGGACACCGCGCCAUUCGAAAACGAUCAGCAGCAGUCCGCGCCCGCCCAUCACCAGGAGGGAGAAGAAGGCGCGGGGCUGGAAGUCGAACGGCGAGAGGUUGGGGUGGGCCCACCGUUGUCGCCGUCGCCGCCGCGCACGGCAGGGCAGACGGAACCGCGGCCUGUUCCGCCGGCUGUCGCCGCCGACGGCGCCUUGGGAGAAACCGCGACGGCGGCGGCGGCGGCGGCGGCCGCAGGGGUGGAGACGCAGACGGAGGCAGCGCCGCAAGCGGCGUCCGAACAACCGGUCGCGGAGGAGACGGCCACUGUUGCGGAGACUGCUCCUCCUCGCGCGGAUUUGAAGGGGACCGAUCUCAACAACGCCAGCACGGCGGUUGGGGGCGGGAGGGCGGGGACAUUAGGUAGAAACGUUGCGGUGGCUAGGGUGCCUGACGGGGGGAAAGGGAGCAAGGGGAAGGGGAGCAAGGGAAGCGCGGGGUCGGGGACAGCGUCGCCGGGGGAGGCGGCGAAGAAGGACGUCCCUUCGCCCUCCGCGCCGAUGCCCAGGGGGCUCGUUAACGCCACCGGGCAGAACAACUGCUUCUUGAACGUCGUCGUCCAGUCUCUGUGGCACCUCGAAGCGUUCCGGGCGCAGUUCGGGGGUAGCGGGGGCAGCAAUAGCUGCACCACCACCGCGUCGGCCGUAAGCGGCGCUUGGGGAAAGAAGCCGCAGGUCUGGAGGGGCGACGGCCCAGUGGCAACGGUAGCAGCGCCGCCCGCACCACCGGCAACGGCGGCUGCGGAGAAGGAGCCGAGCCAUCGCGUGGAGGCGUCCCUCCGAGCGUUGUUCCGAGAGCUCUCCGAGGUCGACGGCGGCGGCGGCGGCGGCGGCGGCGGCAACGGGGUUGGGCGGGGGGACAGCAAUAGCAACGGGGGGGGCGGCGGCGGCGGCGGCGGCGGCGGCGGCGGCGGCGGCACGGGAACGACCAGCGCGUCCGUAGAGGCGCUUCGCACGGCGCUGGCGGAGCUGUCGGGGGCGCGGUUCGGCGCCGGCAAGAUGGACGACGCGGCGGAAGCGAUGGAGACCAUCCUGGGGUGCCUCGUGAAGGGAUCGAGCCCCGCGGUCAUCCGGCAGGUGUUCAGCAUGCGCAUCAGGGAGGCGCUCGUCUGCCCGAGGUGUGGGACGUCCUCCCCGGAGAAGCCCGCGGCCUAUGAGGCGAACGUUUUCUACGCGCACGUGUCGGCGUUGCGGGAGGCGAGGGAAAAAACUCCCGGUUGUCCUUUCGACGUGGCGCUUAGGGAGGCAAGCCACGGCGAUCUGAUGACGUGCCGCAACGCCGGGUGCUCCCUGUCGAGACGGAAAGAGCGCCUGCCCAGCCAGCGCUUCAUCACCGGGGUGCCCCCGUCCGUGUUCUCGCUGGGGCUGGUGUGGAACAACUGGGGUCCCGGCCUCGUGGCCGACCUCCUGGGGUUGCUCAGCCCUGUGGUGGACCUGGACGUGGUGUUUUCUAGGGGACGGGAGCACGGCGUCGCCGGGGCGGAGGUCUCUGCGGGGAAGGCGCAGCUGAGAGGGUUCUUCUGUUUCCAAGUACAAAUGCACCACUACGUGGCCUUCGUGUACAACAGGGACAGGCAGGAGUGGCUGCUGCUGGACGACGACCAGGCAGUGCCGAUUGGCCCGGACUUUGCGGGGGUCCUUGGUCGGUGCGAGGAGGACAAGCUACACCCCUCCCUAUUCUUUUUCGAGCGGAGACAAGACCAGGACCACGUUACGACCUACGGUAGUUAGCUAGCUAGUUCCACCGCGUCUUUAGUAAGAGUAGCAGCACACCCGUUAGCAGUAAAAGCGGUGCCAGGCCAGCUGUAACUGAGGGAGAGAGAGUACACCGGGCCAGUCAUCGGCGGACCGAUCGACUCCCUUGGUUGCGAGAAGAAGGAGGGCCAGGUUGGACAGAAACGAACUCUCUUGUUUGUGGCUCGAGCAUCAGAGCAGGGGAACAAUUCCAGUGAUUUGUCGUGUUUUCAGGAGACGGGGUCAAUCAGAGCUUUGUUGAAACGGCUCAUUUUUGAGAAUCGAGGAGGCGGGGAAGGCGCUGGAGGCACCCAACCUCUCUCCUUGAAAAUUAGUCACCCUUUGUUUUUGUUCGAGAGCAUCGAGAGAACGGGAAGAAGCAAGGCCCGCCCUUUUGACGACGGUGGGAUCAUAUGUGCGUUUUCUCUCCACGCAUGCAUGUUAAGCCGACCACCCGUGCUUUGAUAAACUUGCUUGGGAGCAAGGAUGCUUCGCAAAGGUAACGGUGGCUCUAGCUGAGAAUCACCACACGUGUUGCGAGGCGCGUCUAUUGCCUGCGCUCGUUGUAGAGGCGCAAUCUAGUCUUGGAAUAGCAGACGACGGCACAGGGGCACACUGCGGGCCGCAGCAGACGGGAGUAUAAGGCAAGGGGGGGUCAACAAUUGUGUUCGUAUCUAGAUUGUUUGGUGGAUUUCUGAUGCGCUUUUUUUAUUUGAGUUUUACUCUGAUGGGCGGCCGGCGAAAACAAGCUCGCAGCAGCGACCGAUUGAUGGAUCGGUCGCGUUGACGAGCAGCCGGAACAGAGUUGAACUCAAGCUUUAGAUGAACAAGGAGGGGAAAGGACUGAACUGCUGUGACCACCCCCGUGUUCGCGCUCGUCUCGACAUACAGGCAGCAGCAGGUCUUGGUUGUCAGGCCUUGAUCAAUCCCCGGGGAAGAGACCCUCAUUCGUUUUAGGUACCGAGUGCAUGUGCAUGGUGAUUAUAACCUUUGCUAUAAACAACAGCUUUUGCGCUUCUUUGUUGGAAGUGGAAAGGAGAAUCUAGCUUCGGGGUGCGUACGGCGGUGCACAGAAUGUUCCUUGUGUUUCGCCCCCGCGUGCCAAGGGGGGGUCCGGUAGCAGGAAUCGCUCUGCUCUGCAUGGUUUGGGGAGCGGGGGCUGGGGGCGAAAGGAGGGGGGAGGGUUUUUUUUGUGCCCCCCCCCCCUCCGUCAUCCCGCCCGACGUAUUUUGUACUUGUAUGAGCUGUGCUCGCUUCCUCCUGCGUCUUUCGGGAUGACAGGGUUCGCAAACAAAUGUCUGUGUGGUUCUUGUGCGUGUUUUUUUUUUUUUUUUCAGGUUCCGCUCUCUCCUCUUACAGCAGUGGUUUCACGCAAAACCGAGUAGAGCUAGCUUCGAUCCAGUUUGUGUUGUGGGGCGCGCUUGGCGCUGAUAGAGAUACGGUACGGUACGGUAUGGCGUUACCCUGAAAAAGAGUUUUUUUCCUCCCUCGUAGCGCCCUCUACGGAGUGAGGUGGAUCGUCCUGCUGCUUCGUUGUUCCUGCACCACCAGCAAUGCGCUUACUACGUAGACGAAUUUGGGAAGUCGACCGCGAGGGUGGGAGGGGCUGUAGGAAGGGGCGAGGGAUAGAUUGAUCCGAAGGCCCCUGUGUAGUAUGUCAUCAACGGUUGAGUGGACUCUCAUCUUCUCCACGUUGUUUGUUUGUGUGUUUGUUUCCAACGACUAAAGCACCAGCUUGGUGAUGGUGGAGUCUUUUCUGUUUGGACUAGGAGGCACUUGAUUUUUUUCGUGCUGGUGCUUGUGGUUUUGGCUCAUGCGUGCACGCUGUGGAAUGAAUGCGGAUAGGGGGGGGCGGGGGGAGUUGUGUUGCGG